AUAAACAAACGAAAUAAAAGUGAGACGCCGCGCGGCAACGGUGGAAAACCCGAGAGACUGAGCGAAAUUGGAUGAGAGUAUUUCUCUCGUAUAAUAGCCAAAGGAAAAGGAUCCGAACAACUGGUGCAGCGCGGGAAAUGGGAUGGAUCAUAACGGCAAUAAAAAUGCCUCCCCCGCGCUGACAGUCGUCCAGAGGCGCGAGAUAUGAAAUAUGAUCCUCGCUCUUUCAUUUGCGUAGAUGUCGUUACACAGUUCACACGGUUUUGCUCAACGGCUCCUGAUCCCAUAGAAAAGGGAUAUUCAAAUACUAUCCAGUGGUGUUCGUCAGUCUCAGCAGUAUUCUUGUAACAGGUGUAGUGACUAGAAUGGGAAAUCUCCAGGGCUUUGUGCAUUCUUGAGCGAAUUUGAUAUGCAUAGGACAAUACACAAUUGGAUUUAUGUCAGGAAAUUAGAUUAUACUGGAUAAUUAAUGUCAUUAUUUCCCGACACCCGACAGCUCAUUCGGAGAAACGGUUUUUAAACGCAUUAAUUUUCAUCGAUGGAAAACUAGUUGCAAUUGAUUAGAUGGCUCAUGUGAUAAGUGAAUCGCAAUACUUUCAUAUGUGAAGAAGAAAAAAAGAAGAACUAUUUUGAGCCAGUCAGCGAGAAAUAUGUAUAACACACAAAACCAGCGCAUUGAAGCAGUAAAAAUUAAUUCAAUUUAGUCAUCCAACUAGCGAACAAUUGUGACUUGUUUUUUUCGAUUUUUGUGGCCUCGGGGAGUUCGAUUCUGCAAAAAAUAACUGCAGUAUUCGUGAUACGUAGGCACAAUGUAGUUAGUGCUGCGACCGAACACUGGUUCUACCGCACAAGUUCAUGAAAGAAUAAUGCUUGUCCCUAGAUGCAAUGAUCCAACCAAAAAUUGGUGGAAUACAAUCAAAUUAGCGAUAAAUAGAACAUAUUUUCCACAAACGUUGGGUUGUUGGUAACUGCACACAAAAAAAGAAAACGGUUGCUCCGACGAAACAAAAAAGUAUGCAAUUACGGUUUGACAGUGAAUGUUUGCUAAACUAACCGCGAGGGUAAUAAAAAAACAAUGUUUACAAAUUGGCUAGCGCCACCCACAACGACCCUGCCACCAGAUACAAUCAUUGAGGUUGGUCCACCACCAUUCACCCGCUAUGCUGCUCACAGUGCACUUGUUUCCGCUCACAGUGGCUAUCUGCGAGCAGCCAUACGUUCCGAUAGACCGACAGUCAACGCAGACACCAUUCCAAUAUACAUCCCCAAUGUGACCACGGACCAGUUCACCCCACUACUCACCUACAUGUACACUGGAUUUUUGGAUUUGAAUUUAGAAAACAUUUUUGGCGUCCUGUUGGCCACGCAUAUUCUUCAUAUGCCACGAGCAAUAGAAAUGUGCCGAGCGUUUCUUUCCGCUACCCAAACGGAACACUAUUUCGGUGGAUUGAACAGUAUAUCCGCUGCCGGUGCAGCCAGUGGCCACAGUGUAUCAAAAGUUAAACCGGAAUUGGAAACCAACAAAGUGGUACGACCUAUUGCAAGCAAAGCUACCGGAAUUGGGCUCAAUUUUAUUGCACCACCAACUUCACAUAUAUCUCUUCCGAGUACCCAUACCCCAUUCAAAAGCCUUCUGACAGUUAGUCAAUCAUCGACAGUGAUAACCGAAAAUGUUGAAAAUUCAUCGCCUCCUCCAGGGAGCUCUCAAACAGUCGAAUCAGUACACCAUGACUCUACUAGCUCCACUAAACAGCAUCGUCCAUGUGUAACAGAAGAGGAAUCAAAAUCCCCAAAAGAGACGAACCAAAAACGACAAUCUAAAUCUUUAAAACGUAACGCAUCGAAAUCGGAAUCUGUAGUAACAACAGUUGUGAAGGACUCAAACGGCGGCGACAAAGGUGUGAUAAUCGACAUCGCAAGCUGCGAUGGUCCAGUGCGAUUCCGUCGAGUUCUCAACGACAGCUAUGGUACGAAUAGCACUAGCAACAUAAUCAGCAUGCCAGAUGAUUCGAAGGGUCAUCCGCGCUACAUGAGUUCAUCUUUCCAUCAACAGAUGGUGCGCAACAUCAACGAGCGAAAACAUAUGGUUUCCGGCGAAAGUUACGGUUGUGGUAACAAUAAGGACGAAAACAGCCAAGACAACAACCAAUCGCAAGCUGGUAUGGGAGGAACGACCAUAACACCAACAGUAGGUAACGAACAGGUGUACAACUGUGUGUAUUGUAAGCAUACGUUCAAAUCGCAAUACUGCUACCAAAAACAUGCAAAACGUCAUUUGAUUCCUCUAAGCAUGGACACUGGUAGUAACGUACCAGUUGUGGAUAACAUUUCCACUGACAUUACUGAAAAGGAACCGGCUGCUGUUAGAUACAGAAAACCAACACAGCAUGGCAGUAGCAGCACCAAACGUGAAGUUAAACCAUUGGAUAUGAACGUGCAGUAUUAUCCGUGCAAAACGUGCGGAAGCAAAUUUCCCAGCUACUACUUUGUACACAAACACCGUAAGAUGUGCCAUGCUGACGAAGAAAUAUUGUAAAGAAUUGUUGUCGUAAGACGAUGCUGAAUAACAUACGCAUACAGGGUAUAUAUUAAAUCAAAAUUUUGUCACGCAAACAUAUCAAAUUAAAUAAAAAUAUCGCUUCGAUCCUGAAUGAAGUGCAUGUUUUAUUUGUUGCUAAAUAAGCGUCGCACAAGGCU